AUGAUCCAUCGAGGCUCACAACUUGCUGCCGUUGUUAUAUGCUUUCUUAUCCUUACAGUCACUACAGUCACUCUCCGUUGCUAUGUGCGUAUCAGAUUGACAGGGGGAUUUGGGGCCGAUGACGCAUUCUCAGUAGCCGCCUUGGUUAUCUUCGUGCUAGGCUCAGCCUGUCUCCUUGUUGGCGUCGGAACCGGUGGUUUCGGACACCAAUGGAUGGAUAUCUCUCCACAAAAGCUAAUUCUCGCCUUGAAGGCAUGCACCACCUAA